UUAAAAAUUUGCUUGAAAUUGAUUGAAAGUCAGCACACGAAACAUAAAUAUCCACUCUGUUGUAGACAAGUUAUUAUAGAAAACAGGGCUUUAAUAAAUUUCACACAGAAGAUGUAAGAGGAUUUAAUCAAUCGUUAAAGAACAACUUCCAAAUACAAAUUGAUAAAGCUUACAUCAAGUUAAUAUUGAAGCAGUUGUGCCUUCUUUGUCAUACUGUUGUGUAAAUGGAAUUUUACUGCAACUGAAGCAUGUGACACUAGGAUCAAUACCCCGGCAUGUGAGGGAAAGAGUGUGUGUAUGUGUGUGCUUGCAUGUGUGUGUAUGUGAUUUUUGUGAACUUAAUGCUUGAUAGUAAAACUGGUGGUUAUUAGAAUUGUUAAUAAGGAGGGAUUCGGUACAACAGGCUGAGGUUGUUUAUAACAGUUAAUGACGUGAAUCCAAACACGACUGUAAUGGAUGUGGUAAACUUUCAGGUUGGCAUGAUACGAUAUUCACAGAGAUUGUUUCAAAAUGAGAAAUUCCCUAUUCCAGUGCUGAAACCUCAUAUCUUUACUUUUGAAGUUAUUUACCACCUUUAAAUACUGACAAAUAUAAUUUUCAGAACAUUUAUAUACUGCACACAACAAAUACAUAGCACUUUGGAAAUUAAAUCCUUAUAUAUGUUAUGUAUAUGCAUGUUUGCUUUCACAGGAAAUGGACCCUCAAAGUAAAAGCAGGGAGGACCAGGAUGAGAACCAUGGAAAUAAAAGCAAAGGUAUUUUUUUUAUAUAUAUUACAUGCAGUAUAGGGAUACUUGUGAAUUUAAACAGCUAAAACAGGUAACUGUAAAAAGGAUAGUAAAUGUAUUCAAACUUCUCGUCUCUUGUCAAAGUCAAAGCCAGUCCUGCACAUUCCACUAUGGCUUUGAUUGAAGACGAGCCGGAGGACAUGGACCCAUGGGACAUGCCAGAACUGAAGGACACCGGGGUGCCGUGGUCAGCUCUGGAUACCAAAGGGAAAGUGCUGAGAGUGUUUGUGUCGGUGGGGAAGAUUGUUCUGCUGCUGGGUUUCCUUUACAUGUUCAUCUGUUCUCUCGACAUCCUCAGCUCAGCUUUCCAGCUGGUCGGAGGAAAAGCAGCAGGCGACAUCUUUCAGGACAACAGUGUUCUGUCUAACCCUCUGGCCGGUCUGGUCAUUGGUGUUCUGGUCACUCUGUUGGUCCAGAGCUCCUCCACGUCCUCCUCAAUAGUUGUCAGCAUGGUUUCCUCUGGACUGCUGACGGUCCAGGUGGCUGUUCCCAUUAUCAUGGGCACCAACAUCGGCACCUCUGUCACCAACACAUUAGUUGCUAUGACGCAGGCUGGCGACCGCAGCACCUUUCGGAGGGCAUUUGCAGGGGCCACAGUGCACGAUUUCUUUAACUGGCUCUCUGUGCUGGUGCUGCUGCCCCUGGAGGUCGCCACCGGUUAUCUGUACGAGGUCACCAAGCUCAUCAUCGACUCCUUCAAAAUCGAGAGCGGAGAGGCCCCAGACCUGUUAAACGUGAUCACUGACCCCCUCACUGAAUCCAUAAUACAGCUGGAUCAGUCAGUCAUUAGUGGGAUUGCCACAGGAGACCCAGAAGCCAGAAAUAAGAGUCUCAUCCUGAAAUGGUGCAAAACCUUCACCAACACAACCUUAAUGAACGUCACGGUUCCUGGCCCAGAGAACUGCACUUCUCCGACUCUCUGCUGGGUUGAUGGCAACUACACCUUUACACUAAAGAACGUUUCUGAGACGUACGAUGUGCGGAAAUGUACCCACCUCUUUGUCAAUGUGAAUCUGCCCGACCUGGCGGUGGGUCUGAUCCUGCUGGCUCUGUCUCUGCUGGUGCUCUGCUCCUGCCUGGUCCUCAUUGUCAAGCUGCUCAACUCCAUGCUGAAGGGACAGGUGGCUGCAGUCAUCAAGAAGAUCCUGAACACUGAUUUCCCGUUUCCAUUCGGCUGGGUCACCGGCUACAUUGCCAUUUUAGUCGGAGCUGCAAUGACCUUCGUUGUGCAGAGCAGUUCGGUGUUCACUUCUGCAAUUACUCCACUUGUUGGUAUCGGUGUCAUCAGCAUAGAGAGAGCAUACCCGUUGUCUCUCGGUUCCAAUAUCGGCACCACGACCACAGCCAUUCUGGCAGCCAUGGCUAGUCCUGGAGACACACUGGCAAACGCUUUACAGAUUGCCCUCGUGCACUUCUUGUUCAACAUCACCGGCAUCGUUCUCUGGUAUCCAAUCCCCUUCACUCGCAUCCCCAUCCGGCUGGCUAAAGGUCUGGGCAGCAUCACCGCUAAAUACCGCUGGUUUGCUGCUGUCUACAUCAUCUGCUGCUUCUUCGUUUUACCGCUCUUCGUAUUCAGCCUGUCUCUGGCUGGAUGGCAGGUACUGGUGGGCGUCGGUGUGCCUAUACUCGUCCUGCUGAUCAUCACCCUGAUCAUCAACGUGCUGCAGAAACGGAAACCUGGUUGCCUGCCUGCAGCACUGAGAUCCUGGGACUUCCUCCCUCUGUGGGCCCACUCCCUGGCUCCCUGGGACAAAGUGAUUGGUGUGAUUACUGCCAAAUGCUGCUGCUGCUGCAAAUGCUGCCAAGUUUCAUCUAACGACCAAGAACACGGAGUACAAGAAUCUGCAGAAAAGAACAAGAAAGUGCACACAGUGUAUGAUAAUCUGGCGAUGAGUGCAGAGAAAGAAGUGGAAGAUGAGAUAAAGAUAGAGCUGAAGAUCCUGGAAAUGACCAGACUUUAGAUUUUAUAGUUAUUGUGCUUGUGUGACGCUGUGUGGAUGAUGCAAAGAAACGUACUGGUCAUGG